UCCCCACUAUCCCAUAAUACUCCUCUUCCAGCGCUCCUCCCCAUUGAAGAUGGCGGCUUUCAGUAACUCUUGGAAAGGCGUUUGCAAACUUGGUUGUCUGCCUACUCUUCAGCAUAUCCGCCAUGGCUCCAAAGCGGUCACCCGACAUUGGAGGGAUAUGAACUUUAUGCGGCAGAAACUAAUGGCUGUGACAGAAUACAUACCUCCAAAACCUGCAAUCCCUGAAGAAUGCAAACCCCGUACCAGAUUUAUGGAGGAGGAAAAUGGCUACACAAGGCUGUUGCGUCGACAAGUGGAGGAAACAUUCCGUGAGAAUAAAAUGAUUGCUGUUUGCCAGUACAACUACAUCCAUGGAAAUGACAUGGUACUCAUGAGGCAUCAACUACGGAAGUACAACAUCCAUGUUAAAUUCUUCCCCAAUGAGAUUGUGAGACCUUUUCUUUUGGAUUCCAAGUUCAAGAACCUCCUGCCUCUCUUUGUUGACCGCAAUCUUCUAAUGGUGAGCCCGGAAAUAAGGGCACAAGAAAUGUUGAGAAUCUUGAAGAGAAUGCCACCAAUUAACCUUCUAGGAGUUUAUGUUGACAAUGCAAUCCUAAGCCAACAAGGUUUCCUCAACUAUGCCAAGCUGCCUUCCAUGGUGAUGGCCCAAGGAGAAGUGGUGGGCGCUCUCUCUCUCCUGACAUCCCAAACCAGCACGAUUUUGCAGCGUGGCCCAGCUCACUUGGCAUCUUUGUUGGACCAAUAUGUUAAACAGCAGAGCGCUGAGACAGAUACAUCAAAGGAAAUGGGGACUCCUAACAAGUCGGAAACUCUUUGAUGAACACUAUUCACUUUGAACCUGUGUAUUGCAUGUUUGAGAUGGCAGUUGGUAGGACUGACUGUAUUUGGCAUCGCUUGGAUUGAGAGAAUGAGCAACAGAAAAUGAAUGAGGGGUACUGGAGUAUAGAUUCUUGACUGAAUAUUAUAGCAACACAAGACACACAUCUACACUGUUUUAUAUGUCAAGCCAGAAAGCAUGGAAACAAGCCAGCAAAUUGUGUAACCAAUUUGAAGUAUAUUUCAAAUCACAGUAGACUCGCAAUGGUGAGCAGAGAAAUACAAUGUUAAACCUGACAUAAUCUUUUUAUGCUAAAUCCUUCUGAACUUCAGGACAUAAAAGAAUUAUGCCAUAUGCCUGAAGCUGUAAUAUUAAAUAUUUUUUAUGAG